AUGGAGACACCUGUGAAAAAGAAAGUAAAAAUUCCAGUGGAACAUCAAGUUCCCCCUCCUUACCCUCAGCGGUUGCAAAAGAAAAACCAAGACGUGCAGUUUGAUCAAUUUUUAGAGGUGCUGAAACAGCUCCAUAUCAACAUACCCUUGUUAGAAGCAUUAGAGCAGAUGCCAAAUUACGUUAAAUUCCUCAAGGAUAUAUUGGCAAAGAAAAGAAGGCUAGGGGAAUUUGAAAUAGUGGCCCUUACAAAAGAAUUUAGUGCCAUUUUGACAGGAAAGCUCCCUCAGAAAAUGGGUGAUCCUGGAAGUUUUACCAUUCCUGUGUUAAUAGGAGGGAAGAAUGUAGGGCAUGCGUUGUGUGACUUGGGCGCUAGUAUCAACCUGAUGCCUUUAUCAGUGUAUCAGAAGCUAGGGAUAGGAGAAGCAAGACCAAUAACCGUCACCUUACAGUUGGCAGAUAGGUCCAUUACAUAUUUGGAAGGUAAGAUAGAGGAUGUUUUGGUUCAGGUAGAUAAAUUCAUUUUUCCUGCAGAUUUCAUCAUACUGGAUUACGAAGCUGACAAGGAAAUCCCAAUAAUUUUGGGAAGACCAUUUUUAUCCACGGGGAGAGCAUUGAUCGAUGUACACAAUGGAGAGCUCACUAUAAGAGUUAAUGACCAGCAGGUGACAUUAUCUAUUUUUAACUCCAUUAAAUACCCUAUUGAUGUGGAAGAAUGUUCUUGGUUAAGGAUUGCAGAUGAUUUGAUGAGUGAUGAAAUACAAACAGAAGAGCUGUUGAACCAACUGGAGGACGAGCUAACCAGAAUUAUCAAGGAUAGGGUGCAAGCGCCACUGCAGCCAUCCGUGGUGAAAGCCCCCAAGUUAGAGCUGAAAGUCCUACCAUCGCACCUCAAGUAUGCUUAUCUGGGAGAAGUAGAAACACUGCCAGUCUUCAUUGCAGCAGACUUAGCUGAAGAAAAAGAGUGUCGGUUAAUAGAGAUGUUGAGGAAUCACAAGAAGGCCAUUGGCUGGACUCUAGCUGAUAUAAAGGGAAUCAGUCCAAGUUACUGCAUGCAUAAGAUCAAUCUAGAAGAGGGAUGUAAGAACUCGAUUGAACACCAGAGGAGGUUGAACCCUGCCAUGAAGGAAGUUGUCAAGAAGGAAAUCAUCAAAUGGCUUGAUGCUGGGAUAAUUUACCCAAUAGCCGACGGUGAUUGUUUGAGUCCAGUCCAAUGUGUACCCAAGAAGGGUGGGAUCACAGUGGUGCCAAAUGACAACAAUGAGCUGAUUCCCACAAGAACCAUAACAGGUUGGCACAUUUGUAUGGAUUAUAGGAAGUUGAACAAGGCAACUAAGAAGGACCAUUUUCCAUUGCCCUUCAUUGAUCAGAUGUUAGAUAGUUUGGUUGGGCAAGAAUACUACUAUUUAUUGGAUGGGUACAAUGGCUACAACCAAAUUACCAUUGAUCCUCAGGACCAGCAAAAGACUACAUUCACUUGUCCAUAUGGUACAUUUUCAUUUAGAAGAAUGCCCUUUGGACUGUGUAAUGCUCCAACAACAUUCCAGCGAUGUAUGAUGGCAAUCUUCUUAGACUUAAUAGAGACUGUGGUUGAGGUCUUCAUGGAUGACUUCUCAGUCUUUAGGAAGGAUUUUAGCGAGUUUCUGAGCAACCUGGAGCAAGUGUUGAGGAGGUGUGAAGACACCAAUUUAGUUCUCAAUUGGGAAAAAUGCCACUUUAUGGUGAUGGAAGGGAUAGUGUUGGGCCACAAGGUAUCCAAGAAUGGAAUAGAGGUAGAUCGCGCCAAGAUUGAAGAAUUAGAGAAGCUGCCACCUCCCACAUCAGUCAGAGGAAUUAGAAAUUUCCUUGGGCACGCAGGGUUCUACAGAAAAUUCAUCAAGGAUUUUUCUAAAAUCUCUAAACCUUUAUGCUUCCUCUUAGAAAAUGAACGCAUGCUACAAGAAUUUGAUUAA